UCAAACACUUUCUCGGGCAAUCUAUCAUAGGCAUUUUAUCAAACACCUACCAUUCAAUCUAUCAUAGGCAUUCUCUUUGGCAAUCUCAGACGCAUUUUAUCAAACACCUUUCAGGCAUUCUAUCAUGCACAUUUUAUCAAACAUCUUCUGUGCAAUCCGUCACACACAUUUUAUCAAACAACUUUAACACAAUUUAUCUUCGACAUUUUAUCAAACACCUUGCGUGCAAGCAUUAUUUCUAAGUUUAUAUACACAUACAUACCUGGUAAAUAUGAAGUUUUUCGUUGAACUUGUAUCGUGUUGUGGCUGUUCAUCAAAACGUGCACAUCGCACUGAAGAAGAAGAGGAGAUCCUUGUACCUACAGCUUCUGUAGCAUCGUCCGAUAUUAACAACAUUAUUAUGUAUAAACGGAGGCGACGGAGGAUAAGAGGAUCGGCGAGAUCAGCUGGUUCAUUCCCUGAAUGGAAACCGUCUCUUUACUCCAUAUCGGAAGAUGCAGAUCAUGUUCUACCGCCGAGAAUGGUGGUAGCUAAUUCCGGCAGGAAUUUGAAGAAGAAGGCCGCGGUAGAUGCUUCGCGGUCUGUCAAUCAACUCCCUCAUUAUCGUAAUGGUAAAUCCAGGUUCUCCAGGAUAGCUUGCCUUGCUGCAAUGAUUCCAGCCCCUUUCUUGAUUUGAUAUUUGGACUAAUUUAUCCACCUCCGGCUCUCUU